GACAUCAACGACAUACGAAGCGCGCGAGCGAUGGAGUUUCUUGAAUCCCAUUCAGCAGAGUCCUUCUUGCUUCAAGCCACACCAAUGUCCGCCUUGACUAUUCCCCGGGGAGAGCAUUGCGACGUUGUCGUGGCUGCAGAGGAUGGCAUGGCUAUCGUGUGGCAGUUCUACGUGCAAGCGCUCGACGUUGGCUUCCGAGUGCUGGUCGAUGGCGUUGAAUCCCCGACCUUCUCCAAGCGAAUCGACACGUUAGAUGGCAUGGUAGAUGGCACGCUGGAGCAUUGUGGCGACGCUCGUUUGGUUUGUCUGCAGUGGGACAACUCGUACUCGAGGCUACGGGCGAAAGACGUGUUGUAUCGUGUGAUGUCAGUGCCGACGGCCACGUUGCAUGUCGCUCGAGAGGCCGCCAACGAGUACCAAAUCAAGUACAAUCACCCUGUCCACAACUCCUCCUCCACUCGCCACCUUGAUCGUCCAUCGACCAUCAUGCCAUCCCUUCCAGAAGGCCACGACACAUCCAGCAUGCACGACGCUUUAGCCCAGCGACUCGAACGCGCUGUUGCGGACACUGUGGCCGUGUUCAUGACGCAGCCGGACACGCCGCUGCAUGCUGGUUCCGCGAGACCUUUGAUUCUCGCCCUCGAAGCCAUCUUGCGGCACGGCGUCAAGCCCACGUCCAAGAUGGCGUCAUGUCCACCUGAAGAAUUCUACUUUGGCUUCUUGGUCGAAACAAGGAACGUGCUCCGCGACGACGCGGGCGUCGUGUCGGACGCCGAGCUGUUCGCGCCGCCUCUGUUCAUGCGAUACUUGGGCUGGGGCCGCGCGCGGGCCUACUUGUGUUUUGCCCUCAACCGGCACAUGCUUCACCGUGCGCUCGAGAACCUCAUCAAGCGCCGAUCGGUAGUUGCCCGAUACUACGACCCUUCUCGAGCGUUGUUGGCGCACUACGACACGGCGCAGCGCACGUUGGCGUGCCUCACGGCGCUCUACGGCGUCAGCUUCAACUUGACGCCUCUCCAAGAUGACUUUGCGUCGACUGCCGCGACCUUUCCGCCCAAUUUGUAUCAGUCCCAUGCCUCGGAUGCAUUUGUAACGAGUCGCCAACUACUGUCGAUUGGUGGUGACGUGGCGUUCUACCAAGGCACGACGACCCACAUGGACGAGUUCAAGGCCAUUCAAGAUUGCACCCCCGCCCGAUACCUGUGCUUGGCCACGCCACCUGUACAAGUGACCAUCCCACGCGGCAGUCGGGUGUGUAUUCCACUGCACAUGGACGACCCGACCACACUCGUGGCCGUGGUGCAGUUUCAAGUGACCCGGCACAGCAUCGGCGUCGGCUUUACCACCAACCCCAUCAAGGAACUAGUCGAUCCGUUGCAACCUGUCGAGGGCGACGCGUGGGUCGAGCUCACGCUGCGCCUCGAGCGUCCGAUACCCCAGCUGCAACUCGUGCUAGACAACUCCCAUUCAAUGCUGCGCACUAAAGCUGUGACGUAUCGCCUUGUGGUCACAUCCAGAGAGCGCUACGCGAGUGCGUGGGCGUGCUGUGCGGAGGUGGCGCACGUGAUUUGCUGGAAGCAAGUGAUCCACCGGUCACUUGAGUGGAGCUCCAAACACAUGGAGGCCAUGCUCCACGAAGAGCAGCAGUGGCUCCGCCCGAGGUCGCCGCCGCCGCCGCCAUCGUCAUCCACUACGCUCUCAGAAUCGGUCACGUCGUGGCUGGGGUCGGUACUCGUGCCCGACGAACCAGCGUGCGCGCAAUGCACUGAGCCGAUCUCACUCUUUCGACGGCACCAAAGCUGUUCCAUCUGUCUCAAGGGGUGCUGCGUGGCCUGUACGAGGCACUUGUGGGCAUCGAAACCCGUGUGCGACAGAUGCUACCUCCGCCAACUGGACAUACGUGCCGCGCAGUCGAGUCGCGAGGACGGCAGGCGGACAGACAACCCCGCGCUCGACGCGCUGAGGCGAAAUGCGACGUACGAUAAGUACUUUAAGAUGGUGUCGUUUGGCGUGCCAGCCUCUGCUGUGGGCCAGAAGAUGCAGCAGGAUUACAUUCCCCCAGACGUUGUCGCAGCGUUUGUCCACGGGGUCGACGGGUCCACUUGCACUGUAUCGCAGUCGACCCGCGCAUCUAGUACUACUACUACUAGUAGUAGGCCGUCGCUCGUACGCAAACCCAGCACACUUCGCAAGCUACACUGGACGGCGCUCGAUGCCACGCACACCAAGGCGACGAUUUGGUCCCGCGUGACCGACAAGCGACGGCAUGCCCCUGUGACACUGUCCGGUGCCGACAUGGAUCGCGUGAUCGCGUGUUUUGGAGAAGCCACGUCAUCGUUCAGCCAGCGCCUGCAAACCAACGCUGGCCAGAAAAAGCCACAAAAGAUCCACAGCGCUCUCGACAGCCGACGCGCCAAUAACAUCCACAUCGGCCUCAGUCGGUUCAAAGCGGCGGCGGGAGGACCAUCGGCGCUCGUCGCGGCCGUGCGCGACGGUCGGCUGGACGUGCUGACGCCCGACGUGCUUCACACGCUUGCGGAAAUCGGCCCCACGCCCGUGGAGGUCAAACGGUACUCGAAUUUCAGAGGCACCAAGCUCGACGAUGCCGAGCGCUUCCUUGUGGACAUGGCCACGGUGCCCCGGGUACAGGAAAAGAUUCACGUGCUACUGUUUGUCCAGCAGUACCCAGCGUUGAUCGACCAACUGAAUGAACGGCUGAGGGUGUUGUCGGUGGCAUGCCAUCAAAUUCUAAGCAGCGAGCGCUUGCCUCGAUAUUUUGAAGUGAUUUUAGCCUUGGGGAAUGUAUUGAACGAAGGCACCGAUCAAGCCAAUGCAUCGGGUGUAACUCUCGCGUCCUUGUUAAAGUUGUCGGAAACGAGAUCCAUCGACCAAAGCAUGACGCUACUGCAAUUCCUCAUGCAACUCAUCCACGAGCGUGGGGAGACGGAUCUAUUUCACGUAGUAGACGACUUGGACAUGCUGGACGCGGCCAAGCGGGUUUCGAACGUCGCGUGCGUGUCUCAAAUGGCAAACUUGCAGAAACAGCUGACACAUUUGGUCACGGAACUCGACGAAGAAGACACUUGGGGUCGUAUUCAGUUUGAAAAAGCAGGCCAAACCAACGCCCCACGGCGGCAGCAGCGAGUCGACCCCGUAGGCACCAAGCCGGGCGGACGGGGAGGACGAGGAGGGGGAGGACACGACGCCCUCAUGGCCAUGCUUCGGAAGCGCACCGGCGACCCCAGCCAAAGCAAGGAGCCCCCCGCGAAUGGCAACGAAAAGCCGACCGGACAACAUGCGCUGUUGUUUGCUGCGAUCCGGAGCACGCGACACGAACCGGACGAAAAACAGAUUACUGGCGAGACGGCUGGUAGUACUAGCGACGGGAGCCACUUGGUGGGGAAUGCCGCGAACAAGGACGAGAAAUCAAUGGCAGCUGUUGCUUCCACUGACAAGCGACCGCCGGCAAGGUCACCAUCCGCAGAUCUCUUGGCCGCGAUUCGAAAUCGACCUCAAACAGUAGAUGACGCCGACGCCGUACCCCCCCCACCACCCGACAAGCUUUCGCCGUCGCCGUCCGCAGCGCUGCUCUCGGCCAUCCGGAAUCGCCCUGCCAGGAGGAGGUCCCCCCCUCCACCUCCUUCUCCCCCCCCUUUAGCCGCGGAAUACCAGCCCAAUGCGUUCAUUCGCUCGAUGCAGCCGCACGUGGCCCGCCUUCAACACGACCUGCGCCUCGUUCAAGAAAAGAUCCAGUCAAUGACGGAACACUGGCAUGAUGUGGCAACGUACUUGGGCGAGUCGCCGGCCACGCCGUCCGAGUACGCGCUAGGGCUACUCCAUCGGUUUUUGCUGGACGUGAGGGCGGCGCAUCGCGUGCUCGUGUCCAAGGGACUGGUGCCGUCUUCCGCCAUGGGCAGGUCCUCCCACGUCGGCGACCGCAUUGCGACCAUCUACGGCGCCGCGACUGUCUUGGCGUCGCGCCGCCGAUCGGUCGAAGUCGCAUUUCCGUGGGCCAAGGCGGCGUUUCUACAGCCGACAAGUGUGCUCCAGCCUGGUGACCGCGUCGUGUGUCGGCAGUUUGGCCGCGGCAUCCUCACCGCCACGCGGUAUGCCGUGGGAAUGGUCGAAGUGCGACUAUCGUUUGGAUAUGCGACACUGUCUGUAGACCACGUCAUCGCAUUGGACCCGUACUUUGAGCCAGUGGUUCCGCCUUUGAAAUCACACGAUCCCGUGACGACCCCACUGUUUGGCCCGGGGCGGCUCGUGCGUCUAGUGGGGGAGUCGGCGGUGGUGCAACUCUCCACUUUGGAUGCCCCUGUCCAAGCCUUUUUUCAAGCGAAUCAAGUGCAGUUUGCGUUGAACGACCGACGCAAGUAAGUCGGUCGACGAUUUAAAUCGUAAUUCGGCAGUGAAGGCGACUAAUAGUAAAGCAACGACAAACACGAUAGCGUAGAUGGCCAGUUUAUGGUGCA